AUGCUGGGCGCCAUGUCGGACGAUCACCCCCGCAGACGCCGGCGAUCCUCCAUCUCCGAGCAUAUCCAGCGCGUCUUCAGUGUCGAUCGGUCAGACAAAGUCAGUUCCUCCCCCAACUCUGGCCGAACCACAGUGCCUGACCAAAAGAAGACCCAGAAACACGCCAGCGUCCAUGGCGAUGCUGGACAGCCACACACGGCGGUGGCUCAGGCCAGACACAGCGCGCUGGUGCCCAAUUCUGAGAUCACCAUCGGCUUUGAUGCAGGCGAAACAGUGCCUAGCUCCGCGAAUCCCUCGUCUUUAAACUCGCGACUGCCCUCAGUGAGCACGCCAGGCUCCAGCCCUGGAGUACACCCGGUGUUUGCCAAAGAUGAAAGCAUCACACCCCAACAGAUGGCGUCGACAGAAGCAUGCAACCCCAGUACGGCAGAGGUCGAUCGUAUUUGCAGUUCGCCAACCUGGGAGCGCGAAACGGCUCGCAAAGAAAGACGUGCCACCAAACGGCUCGAAGCCGAGCGCAAAGAGCUGGAGAAGCGCCUGUCGAAUCUGGAGGCCGCCCAGCAGAGAUUGGAACAAGGCAUAUACGAAAGAGAUUCUCGUCGCCUCGUUAAAAAGCAGCCUCUAGGCAGCUCCAAGCGGUCUUCUAGUGCCAGCAGCGAGAGGCCUAAAUCUUCCAGCACUUUUUCUUUCUUCACCAAACGGCGAUCGCGAUCCCGCGCAAGCUCAGUCAAUGGAAGUGACACUGGUUCACGCAACUCCCUCGAGCAAGGUCCCCCCAGUCUGCCUUUGACUCUUCCUGAGCAGUUCGGCACUGUCGUUUCUCGCGAGCUAGCUACCCGCCACGGUACAGGUCUGGCCUCAGCAGAUACGCACCAGAUGCCUCGACUCCAUCAUCCUGCUACCAAGUCGGAUGACUUGCGCGAGCACUGGAAGGUGGCUGAAGCAUGGAAGAAGAAGAACGGCCACAACGAGCCUUCACUGCAAGCUGCAGGCGGCAAUAUAUCUGUAAGUAUGCCGGGUCUGCGACUGCGAAGUCUCAAGAGACGUACCCUUACUGAGACCUAUGUUCCUUUCCCAAAGUAUGAUUCUACACCUCAUCCCCACCCCCAGGCCACGGAGCUCUCUGCAGAUCUGGACCGAGAGUCAUUUACUGCUGCGCUUCGAAUUGAGCGAAGUGCCCCAGGAGUGGCCAGCCGACCUGUGAAGGCUCCUACGAUCACAAACUCUUCUGCUGCGUCGGCGAAACUGCCAUCCGGGUCUUCGGCCAACCCUUUGCUGCCUGGAGCUCAACAGGCACCCAGAGCUCCUCGCGUAAAUAACGCGCAUCAUUUGAGUUCUGGUCUUCACCAGUACAACUCUCUCAAAUCAAAGACUUUCCCUGUUCCGACAUCGAUGCCGUCAAAUCUACCCAGUGGUAUUCCGAAGAAGAACCGCCCGGAUACCAGCCCCAACACGCUGCCAAAGGCGUACAAGUCUUCCCCGCUCGCGCUGAAUCCCUUUACAAACAAAGACGUUGAGUCGAAAGGCGGGUCCAAGCCAUCCACACCCUCCUCUGCUCAACGAUCUAGCAUCGCAGGAAGGUCUUCCCCAAUCCACUCCUCGCAGAUAACUCCUGUCAAGGAACAGCGAGCGCAAGAAUCGGGUGCAAGAAUGAAGGCAAGUCGCAAGGCUGGUCCAAUGCCUGACGAGAAGAAUCACUCUGUGAGUGGUGGAAAACCACACUAUCCUGGGGUCAUCAGUGCCGAGACCAAAGAGAACUCUCCCCUGGAACCUGAGUCGCCUGAUUUCAACCCGGAGCAGAUGUCGCACGAUGCGAAGCGGUAUCCGCUCAUGGUCCCGCCUCUGAAGCACUCUGGUCGACGAUCUACUAUGACCAAAGGUUUCCCAAAAACGAUGGACAGCGAGGUCCAGGAGACCCCAACGAUUCAAACCGAUGCAGCGGUCGAGUCAAAGACAGAGCCCGCGGACCGAGGUCUUCUGUCCACGAGUGACGAGCCUGUGAUUAGCCUAUCUACUCAAAGUGCGCGCAGCCCGGGUCACAAAAGAGCGCCUUCCAUUGUUUCCUCACACGGUUCGAGCUAUGACACCGCAGACGAAGAGGUACUAGAUAUAUCGAAAGCCCAUACGCGAAAUAACCAAACCGAACCCCCAUACCAACCCCCAACCCAGACCCCCUUGCUAGGGCAUUACAAAAUCCGAGAUCGAGCCGAAGCAUCGGAGCCCCAAGAUGCUAAUGCGACCAAUGCGGCGGCACGGCCUCACGAACCUGCAGCGAACCGAGCGACCAUCCACGAAACCCCAGUCCGUUGUACUUUCCCACUCGCCCCCGGUGGUCCGGUGUACAUGAUGCGCAAGAACUCCGUUCAAAAAGUCAUGCCGCCGGAAAAGGAUCACAUCAUCGGCAAGGUUUUCGUCAUCUGCUGCUCGUGCAAGUACUGGCACGAUAUACCGUCCGAGAUCUACGCCCGACUCGCCUGUCCAGAGGCCACCGCGCCCGAGUCGCUUCUCGUACGCACCUUCUCUCGACGAAAAACUUCUCUUCGACGGAGCUCGCUGUUCUCUUCUGACUCGGGUCAUCGGGGUCUGCCCCUUCCGCUGCGUAUUCAACAGCCUUCCAGCAAAGCUCCAUUUCCCGGCACGGGUUCUGGUAAGGUUGCAUCGAACAAGGAGGGCGAACCGACCAAGCGCUCCGAGUCCACAUCUCUGCAAUGCUGCUGGUGUGGACAUCAAAUGACCAAGACCUGCUGCCAAGGAUGGACUACUCUCGUUCAAAUGCGGGAGAGAUAUCACUAG